AUGACUACGACAGACAUGGUGGAAGAUGGAGCGAUUGACCCUCGCGUCGACGAGACAACAGCCUUGCUCGCUGCUCCCUCCACAGCCUCACCUACAACAGACCAAACGGAGAACGGCACAGCCAACAACAAGAAUGUCGACGAAGACAAACCGUUACCCAAAGACCAGAUCUUCUUUCUCUGCCUCGCGAGAGUCGUCGAACCCAUUGCCUUCUUCAGUAUCUUUCCCUUCAUCAACCAAAUGAUUCGCGAUACUGGAGUUGCCGAGCAAGAUGUGGGAUUUUACAGUGGCUUGAUUGAAUCACUGUUCUCUUUGACGCAGAUGUUCUGCAUGAUUCCUUGGGGUUGGGCAUCCGACUACUUUGGACGAAAACCCAUGCUGGUCUUAUCAUUGGCGGGUGUCUCGAUUGCGACGGCCUUGUUUGGAUUUGCCGAGACCAUCUGGGCCAUGAUCCUGAUCCGGUGCUUUGGAGGUCUUUUCGCAGGAACGGUCGUGACGAUCCGAACCAUGAUCAGCGAAAACAGCACUGCCAAAACUCAGGCUCGUGCAUUCUCCUUCUUUGCAUUCUCGGGCAAUUUGGGGAUAUUCCUAGGCCCUAGCAUAGGUGGUGCUCUGGCCAAACCAGCAGCUCUGUUCCCGUCCAUCUUCGGUCAUAUCCAAUUCUUCCAUGAUUUCCCAUACGCUCUGCCUACCAUUGUUACUGGUGUCAUUGGGGUGAUUGCGACAGUUACAAGCGGUAUUUUCCUCAAAGAGACCCUCGUCCGCAAGCCGAAAUCCUCAUCCGAUAUCAGCACCAAAAUGUCGACCCUUGAACUCCUCCGGGCUCGCAACGUCCCCAUGACGCUCUACAUUUACGCACACGUCAUGGUUCUCGCAUUUUCCUACACUGCCAUCGUCCCCGUCUUCUUCUUCACGCCCGUCCACCUCGGCGGGUUCGGGUUCUCGCCUCUCCAAAUCAGUAUCUUCAUGACGCUCGGGGGACUUUCGCAGUCACUCUACCUUCUGAUCGUAUUCCCCUGGCUCCAGGCGCGCAUCGGCACCGCGGGUGUCAUGCGACUUUGCGCCCACGCCUACCCGUGCUUCUUCGCCUUUCUGCCUGUCUGCAACGUCUUCUUGCGUAGGGGCAUGACCGCAGUGUUCUGGGCCGUUGCGCCUGUGGCCUUGAUGCUGGGCAGCGGCGUCGCCAUGAGCUUCACGGCCAUCCAACUCGUCCUGAACGACGUGAGCCCGAGUCCCGCGGUCCUCGGCACGUUGAAUGCCGUCUCGCUCACGCUGGUUAGCGGGAUAAGGGCAUUCAGUCCGGCGCUGUUUUCGAGUCUGUUCGCCGCCAGUGUCGGCAGCGGGAUCCUCGGGGGGCAUCUCAUUUGGAUUCUCAUGGUUGUUUUGGCCGCCGGGUUUGCGGUAGUGAGUCAUUGGACACCGGAGCCGGGAAAAGAGGUGAAGGAUGGUGCAGAGGAAGAGGCAGAGUAA